UAAUUUGCGUGAUAAUUCUAUCAUGUGGUGCGACUUUCGGUUAUUUUCAGUAUUACUAUAUUAUUUUCAGAUCAUGUUUAUCGGUUAGUGUUUGAGAUCAUCAACCUUAUUAGUCAUUAUAUAUUGAGUUCAAACGCAUACGGUUUGAUGCUUUAAAUAAUUCAACAAAAUUUAAAAGUUCGUGAGAGCUUUCCUUCUAAAUUUUAAAUGUCGCGGAAAGUGCAAUCGAGAAUAAAGCAUAUAAAUUUAUUUUCUUAGCGGAUCGGGGCAGAAUCAACCCGGAACGGGACGGAUCCAUUUGGAUCCCUAGUGACGCACAAGCGCGCCCGCGCCCGCGCCCUCCUCCCCUCUCGUCGUCCGCUACAUCGCCAUGCGCGUCCCUUCCCGGCGCUCCGCCGCGACCUUCUCCUUCCUCCUCAGGGCGUGCGGCUCCCGCGGGGCGCACGCGCCCAUCGUCCGCUCCGGGUUCGCGUCCGAUGUCGUCGUGUGCACAGACCUGCUCCGCUGCUACGCCGCGAGCGGCUCCAUCGCCGACGCCGAGAAGGUGUUCGACGAAAUGCCCCGCAGAGACCUCGUCUCCUGGAACGCCAUGAUCUCCUGCUACGCGCGCGCGGGCCUCCACGACGCCGCGCUGGGGCUCUACCCGCGCAUGAGGCGCUCCCGCGCCGGCCUCGACGAGUACACCGCCGUGGCCCUGCUCUCCGCGUGCGCCCACGUGGGCGCUUUGGAUUUCGGCACCUGGGUUCACGAAUUCGCCGAUAAGAAGGGCUUCGUAGAGCGCAACGUGUUCGUGGGCAACGCGCUUGUGGACAUGUAUGCCAAAUGCGGCAGCUUGGAGAAGGCCCGCCAUGUGUUCGAUCGAAUGCCGAGCAGAGAUAUCUUCACGUGGAACUCGAUGAUUGCUGGGUUGGGAAUUCACGGUCGUGGAGAAGAGGCCAUCGCAUUCUUUGAAAGGAUGCUCGUGGCGGGUGUGAAGCCCAACGCAAUCUCCUUCCUUGGCUUGCUAAUGGGAUGUAGCCACCAAGGCCUCGUCGACGAGGGCCUCAAAUAUUUUGAACUAAUGAGCUCUGAAUUUUGUGUAAAACCCGACGUAAAGCACUAUGGUUGCAUUGUGGACAUAUAUGGCCGGGCGGGCAAACUCGAGAGGGCCCUCGAGUUUGCUAACAACUCGCCUUCCAAUAGUAAUGAUCCCGUUUUGUGGCGAACUUUGCUUAGCGCGAGCAAGAUACAUAAGAACAUCGAGAUGGGUGAGAUUGCUUUCGAGAAUCUUGUAGGAAUGUCGGCUCAUAAUGCGGGAGAUUGUGCUCUUCUUGCCGAUAUCUAUUCAAAUGCAGGGGAUUCAAAUGGUGUUUCCCGUAUGCGGAAAAUGGUCAAGGAUCAUGGAAUUAAGACCGCGCCAGGGUGGAGCUGGAUCGAAGUCGGUGGCGAUGUGAGAAAAUUUGUGGUUGGCGAUACUUCGCAUCCGGAUGCUAAAGUAAUUUAUAAGAAAUUGAAGGAGAUGAUUGGUCGAGCCGCUUCAGUUGGUCUGUUGGAAGAAGACAGUUGUAAGUUCUCUAAGGAAGAAAAUGGUAGGGAAUGUCAUAGUGAAAUGCUAGCUAUUGCCUAUGGGUUGAUGAGGACUCCGGAAGGGACUAGUCUUCGAAUUGUAAAAAAUUUGAGGGUGUGCAAGGAGUGCCAUUUGAUGACAAAGAUGGUGUCAAAAGCUUAUAGUCGAGAGAUCAUCGUGAGGGAUCGCGUGCGUUUCCAUCAUUUCAAAGAUGGGUCUUGCUCUUGCAAGGACUUCUGGUGAGAUUUCUUGCAAUUGGUGGGAUAAAAGGAAAGGAGCAAUGCAGUGCGCAGGAUCCUGAUGCACCAGAGGUUCAUGGAGUGCUCAACUGUUGCCGUUGUAUUGCAGUAUUUGGGACGAUAUUGUCGUUGAGGAAUUCGAAGUAAAAUGCCCAAGGCAUUGGAGAUCAGCCAAAUAUGCGAUCCUGGGUACUCGAAGGUGGCCAUUUCAAGCGUAUGCAAGCUCAAGACCGUUGUCUCGAGACUCGUAAGAAUACAAACCCUUCCGGUGGAGUGUAAGCUAACUAAUAGAGUUGAAAGGGAGUCCCAUGAAAGGUGCGGUGCAUCUUUCCAGUUUGCUUAGGGCCUUCCAUGCCUGGCUGGAACUUCUUGCAGAAGUGUUAUUUGUUGAAGCUGUUCAAGAAGCACUGAAUGGGUGUUUCUUUUAAAGCCCUCCUAAAAACUUCUCAGCGCAUAAGAAGAAGAGCUCCAAAAUGUAGCUUCUCAGAAAAAAGUGUUGUACACGAAGGGAUUCAAAUUUUUUUGUUUGUCAAAUGUUUGGCCGUUCCUUCUGGGAGUAAGGUGCGUGUUAUAGAAGACGGGCCACAUAGGCACUUGCAUACAUUCUAAGAUAUUGUACACAAAAAUGACAUACGAAGAGUGAUUCAAUUGAUGCCCAUGAUAUUUGUGGGUUUAUUUAUGUAUGUACCAAAGAUUGGUGGGUUAGAAAAAAGAUUAGAUCAUGUAUCUUUCAAGAGAGUUAUGGAUAAAUUGAAGUAGAAGGACCACGUAUAUAAAGACUGCUUCAUCAGUAAAGGAGAUUUUCAAGUGUUCCCAAGGCGUUACGGAUACAAAUGGCCCAGCUUACACUCUCUGUCUGGUGCCAAAGGAAGAUAUGAUUUUAUUGACCAGCAAUUUAGGAAAUGCUUAUAUUGUAUUUGGUUUUGAAAUCUACAGUUUGGAACGAGGUGGAAUUGUGCAAUCUCUUGGUGAUUGGUAUUGUCAUCAUGCCGAGUUCAAGGUGAUAGACUGCCCAUAAUCUGUUAUCAACACCUGCGGCAAUCCUGUAGUCAAUCAAGGAAAUGACAAAACUGGUUGCAAGUUUCAAUUACAGGAAAUGGCAAAACUGGUUGAAAGUUUCAAUUUGAAAAUUUGUGGUAACAUUUCCUAGUUGUUUUUUUAGCAUCAUGAAUUGUUCUUUCAAGGAUCUACUUAAUUUCCAUGUGAUUUCGUAAAAGUGGAGCGAGAUAUUGCGAUAUGCAUUGAAGUUCACUGUCGGGUACGACCUUGUUGUACUAUAGUUGUCUACUUGUCAUAUACAUCAUGUAUAUUAGAUACCUAAGUGCCGUGUCUGUUCCAAAUAAGGUAUGCUUGUUCAUGUGGUGUCGUCUUCUGCUUACAGAUAAUAAUUGGAAAUAAGAAAUACAGUGAUUAUUAUAGCUAA